AUGAUGUCGAUGUGGCAAGCCUUCAGCUGCACUGCCACGACUGCUGGCAAACCCGGCUGGAGAAGAAGGUCAUCACCACGAUGCUCCCAAUUUAUCUCGGCGGAUGCCUCGUACCAGUCCUCGGCCCAGUCACACAUAGUGGCUGUUGACACGGACACGGACACCAAGCCGCAGAAGUCCUGGGUCUGCAUGCUCCAUCCCAGUGGCGGCCUCCGCACUUCUUGGAACCUCCUGGUGGCUCUUUGCGUCCUCUACGACCUGCUGGUCAUCCCCCUGGCGGUUUUCGACCUCCCGGAGAGCUCACUGUCUCAGGCCCUGGACAUCGGCAUCCAGGCCUUCUGGAAUUUGGAUUUCGGUCUCGCAUUCCUCACCGGCUUCUAUGACCAGGGAUCUCUGGUGAUGGACCGAGUCGCGGUGGCCCGGCAAUAUGCGAAGACAUGGAUGGUUUUCGACCUUUUCCUCAUUCUCAUGGACUGGUCUGUGACUGUCAUGGACCACGUGACCCUGACCGGAAACCCAGCCGAAUGGUCCAGGACCAUCCGAAUGCUUCGGCUUCUUCGCCUGGUGCGUAUCGUGCGGGCCAUCAAGCUGCGCCGGGGCUUCGUGGCCGACCUCCUGCAUUCACAGGCCGCCAGCCUUUACCUGAGCUUCUAUGUCAGCUUGGGACCGGGGAAGCUGCUGCAGCUCUCCGUCUCCUAUGGCGCCACUACCCACAAAGAGCCAUCGUCGCAAAGUGGGACGAACACCUGCGGAGCACUCUGGAAGAUAUCUUGA